AUGUCGAAUUUUGAGCAUGAGAACGUUGAUGUUGACAUUCCGCAUGUAGAAUUACAAGAAUCUAAUUCUGCAUUUGGUCGACGUAUACGUGAAUUUGAGUUAGUGAAUUUUGGAUAUAAAAAAAUAGAUGAAUUUUUGAUCGGUGCAUUUGAUCUCUACGAAGCGCAAAUAGUCGCAGCUGUGACGCAAUUCAACAUAAUAAAAACUGUUUCAUACUUUAGUGCUGAAUUCGAAAGAUCUUUCGUAAAAGAUGAAGUUAGUGAUCCAAUUUUUGAGACAAGAAUGGUUCACAUUCCAACGAAAGUUAAGGAAAUUGAUUCAAGCAUGAAUCUUAAUGAUUAUUUCCAAAGUGAAAUCUGGUCAAUUUUAGCUGCAUUACAUCAUGAUCAAGUGCAUGCGAAAAACAAGAACAGAGUGAAUAAUGCUGCAAGCUAUCAACGUUGGGCAAAUGAAUUGAAUUUCGACGGAAUCGAAUUUCCAGUGCAGUUAAAUCAAAUUGAAAAAUUUAUGCAACAAAAUGAUGGCAUUGCUAUUAAUGUGUAUUAUUUUGAUUCGGAAAAAAAACGCAUAUGCCCACUCCUUCUAGCAAUGAAACCGGUUAAUUAUCGAUACGUUCAUUUACUUUUGCUUACAGAAGAAACACAAAUGUAUUGCAAAGAACCAAGUGAAGUAAACACACAUUCACAUUAUUGUUGGAUUAAAAAUUUGAAUGGAUUAGUGCGCGCUCAGUUGACCAAGCAUGAACAUAAAAUAUCGAUUUGUGAUCGAUGUUUAAAUCAUUUUUAUUCAGAUAAAGAACUAGAAAAACAUAGAAAAAUAUGUAUGAUCAUGAAUGAAUCUGCGAUUGAAAUGCCACACAUUGGAAACAAAUAUGAAACAUUCAAAAAUUAUAAAAAUGAGAUAAAAAUACCGUUCAUUGUGUACGCAGACACAGAAGCAUUACUUAAACAACCUGAAACACCUGUCUUUAACACUGAUUGCUCAACACAGGCACAUCAACAUCAUGAAGCGCAUAGUAUCGGAUAUUAUUUCAAGUGUGAAAAUGAUGAAUCGAGAUCAUGGUAUGCAAACCAUCGUGGUGCAGAUUGUCUCGAUUGGUUUAUGAUUGAAUUGACCAAAAUCGCAGAGGAGGUUUAUGAUUUUUUGGAAGAUAAAAAACCAAUGAUUGCUUUGACAAAAGAAGAAGAAAGUUUAUUUUCUCAAUCGAUUGCUUGUCAUAUAUGCAAAAAAAGUUUCAAUGAUAAUGCUGAUGAACAAAUCGGUAUACGAGUGAGAGAUCAUUGCCAUAUAACGGGUAACUAUAGAGGAGCCGCACAUCAAUCGUGCAAUUUGCAAUAUCAAAUCAGUCGAACCAUUCCGGUUGUAAUGCACAAUUUGUCGGGUUAUGAUUCGCAUUUGUUAAUCAAAAAACUUGCAACUACCAAGAAUUUCCCGGAUCAUUUGGCAACACUUUUACCACAAGAAAACAAGCAUAUUCUCAAAUCAGAAUGUAUAAAAUCAGGAUAUCACUCGGUUGAUUUGUUUACUUUGCUGAAUCGAAAAGGUGUUUUCCCAUACGAAUACAUCGAUAACUAUGAGAAACUUGAAGAGACAAUGUUACCGUCAAUAGAGAGUUUUUUCAGUACGCUAACACAAUCUAAUAUAUCAGAAGAGGACUACAAACAUGCGCAGAAUGUAUGGGAGAAAUUCGGAAUACGCACACUCGCUGAAUUUUCAGAUCUUUAUCUCAAAACUGAUGUACUGCUCCUUGCAGAUGUAUUUGAAAACUUUCGAAAUACAUGUCAUGCGACAUAUUCACUGGAUCCUGCACACUAUUUUAGUGCACCAGGUCUCUCGUUUGAUGCGAUGCUGAAAUAUACUGGCGUUUCUAUUGAGCUUUUCACCGACAUUGAUAUGUUAAUGUUUGCAGAACGUGGAAUACGAGGUGGUGUGAGUCAAAUAAAUAAACGUUAUGCGAAAGCGAAUAAUACUUACAUGGGUGAAGAGUUUGAUCCAUCAAAGGAAUCUUCAUAUAUCAUGUACUUGGAUGCUAAUAACUUGUAUGGAUAUGCGAUGUCUCAAUGUCUACCAAUCGGGGAAUAUCAAUGGCUUUCAGAGCAUGUGAUCGAGCAGAAUUUCAACACAUUGGAUUAUCAAAAAAAUGAAUCUUCGAUUUUAAAUUUGAAGGAUGAAUCGGAUAUGGGUUAUAUAUUUGAAGUUGAUUUACAUUAUCCAUCAAAUCUGCAUGAAAAACAUAAUGAUUUCCCGUUUUGCCCAGAGAAACGAACCAUACCCGGGAUAACAAAGAUUGAUAAGUUAUUGUUAACAUUUUAUGAUAAGGAAAAAUAUAUUGUGCAUUAUUCUAUGUUAAAACUAGCUCUCGAACAUGGUUUGAUAUUGAAAAAAGUUCAUCGUGUGCUUCAAUUCAGACAGAGUGCUUGGUUGAAACCAUAUAUUGAAUUGAACACAAAACUUCGUGCUCAAGCCAAUAAUGAUUUCGAAAAAGAUUUUUACAAGCUUUUAAACAACGCCAUCUAUGGCAAGACAAUGGAAAAUCUACGUUUGCGUUCAGAUAUUCGACUAAUUAAUAAAUGGUAUGGACGAGUAGGUGGAAUGUGUAUUUUGGAAAUAUCAAAAGUGUUAAUGUACAAAUUUUUGUAUAAUUACUUGAAACCAAAAUAUGGACAAAAUAUUCAAGUAGUAUAUACCGAUACUGAUUCAUUCAUACUCGAAAUCAAAACAUCUGAUGUAUACGCACACAUUCGCGAUGAACCCAUUGAGUUUGACACAUCGGAUUACCUAGAAGGAAAUAUUUAUGGAAUUGAACGUCAUAAUAAAAAAGUUCCAGGUAAAUUCAAAGAUGAACUAAAUGGUGAAAUUUUAACAGAAGUUGUUGGCUUGCGAUCGAAAUGUUAUGCUGUGCGAACGCUAGGUGGAAUUGAUAAAAUGAAAAAAGCCAAAGGCGUUAAGAAGAAUAAAAAAAAAUCCUAUUUCAGUGAGCAUUUCUUCUAA